ACAAUGAUGCUAGACGGACUUUAGCGGGUACAUUUAGUAGCUCGUCUACAACGUAGCUAAACCGACGAACGUUGUUUUAGUAAACAGACCGUCUGUGGGGUUAAAAACAAGAUCUUACAUACUUUCUAGGAUUUAUUUGCCUGGUUGGCCGCGUAGUAAAAACAGAAUGCGGGCUUGUCUUUUGAUUUAUUGUUUUUCUUACUUAGAAAAGUCACAAUGCUAACUAGUUAGCUAAUGCUAAUGUUGCUAACUUACAGAGAAUUCUUAUCUUACACCGCGGUGGAUCGUCUUCUUGCUUUAUUGUCAAGAUAAGCAGCUCAUAAACAAGAGGUCGGUACAUCGGACACAAACAACAUUUUGGAUGGCGGUGGCUCCAGCCUCUUUGGCAGAUAAGAUCAUCAUCCUUAAUGAUGAUGAUGAUGAAGAUGAAGAGAGUCCUCAACCCUCCUGUCCUGCCUCCACCUCAUCUUCUGGUCGUCACACCAAAAAGGUGUCGCCUCUCAAAGCUUUGCAACCGGUGCCCACACACAUUACCCAGUCACCUUUUGCCUCAGCGAAGAAGGAUGCUCAUGUUCUGCAGGCGGAGAAUCACAAGUUGUUCACUGAGUUUGUUGAACACUGCUCAGGUCCAACGAAGGACUGCCCUGAGGUCUUGACGUUUCUCCAAACCAAGCAUGCCAAGGCCUGCCCAGACUAUCUGUCGUCUGUGGAGUUCAGGAACACGCUGGGCCGAUGUUUGACUCGCGCUCAGGCCAACCUCUCUAAAACAUUCGUAUACAUCAAUGAACUGUGCACUGUGCUCAGGCAGCAUGCCACCAAGAAGAGGCAGACCCUCACCAAGGUUGAGCCUAGUCCCUCUACCUCAGCAUCAAGUACUCUGCAGCCUACCUCUCUUAUGGCCAAAAGUAAAGACAAGACGAAAGGUAAGAUGGGUGAAAAGGCAAAAGGGCAGGAAGUGGCAGCAGAAGAAGAACAACCUUCCACCUCAGGGCUGCAAGAGGACAAUAGACAGGAUCAAGAAGAAGAGAAAAAAGCAAAGAGAGCAUCCAGGAAACAGAUAGCGUACCUGGAGAACCUGCUGAAGGUGUACAACGAUGAGAUCUACCGUCUGCAGCAGGCUGAGCUGAGCAUAGACGACCUGGCAGCAGAAGAUUCUUUAUACAUUCAGGAGCACAAGCUUAAACGCAAAAUGAUGAAAAUCUAUGAAAAGCUGUGUGAACUAAAGGGCUGCAACACGCUAACAGGCCGAGUCAUUGAGCAGAGAAUCACCUACAGGAGCACUCGUUAUCCUGAGAUCAACAAGAAGAUCGAGCGUUUCAUCAACAGACCAGAGGCACAGACCAACCCUCCAGACUACCAAGACAUCCUCCAGCAGGUGUUGCGUGCCAACGAGCGCCACAAUCUGUGCUUAAGCAGAAAACAGUUGACUCAGAUCGCCCAGGAGGCCUUCAGAGAAACCGGGAGCCGCAUGCAGGAGCGACGGCAACUGGACCUGGCGUACAACUUCGGCUCACACCUCACUGACAAAUACAAGGCUGCCAGUGACCCGGCUCUGUCCAACCCUUCACUGCAACAGAAGCUGCGGUCCAACAGAGAGAUGGCCUUAUCCCGCCUGGAGGAGGUCAUCACCAAGUACGCUGUCAAACAAGAGGACGCCGAGGAGCAAGAAAGGAGCAAACGACUGGAGAAAGACAAAGAGAAAUCAGGAAAGGAGCCGGAAACUAAAGAGGAGAAUGGAGUGGAAGAAGAAGAAGAAGAGGAGGAUGAUGAUGAUGAAGACGAAGAUGAAUCAUCAGACCCAGACAUAGAGGAGGAGAUCCAGGCCAGCAGUCAGCAGGACGGAGCAGAUGAUGAUGAGGAAGACAACAGCGUGGAGGCAGAGGGAGCGCGUGAGAACGCCAACAAGGAGGAUCAGACCGAUGACCAGACGGGAAGCAUUUCUGCAGGCGAGGAAGAGCCGGUCACAAGUGGACUCAGUCCUGUUUCUGAUGAAUCCAAGUCCCAAGCCUCUCCACUGUCUGACAUCCCGUCCUCCAGAGACAGUCCCAGCCAAUCAGAGCCCACAGUAACUGACAAGCAGAGGCCCUUCCUGUCUAAUGGGGACCUCACAGCGUUACAGGAGCCGGUGGAUUCCUCCGAUCAUGUUUUGGGCACGCUGGUGAGCACCAGCAAAGUCUCUGAGGACCCAAAAGACGUCUCGACAGCAACCAAUGGGAAGCCUUUACCACCGUCACCAGUAGCUGUAGAAAACUGUGACACCAACGGCGGAUCGCCACCGCCGAGCCCCAGAAUUACAAGGAGCCGGAAGAGGAAGAGGGAGGAGAUCACAUCAGGGAACGGCGAUAAUUCUAAGCACAUAAUCAUCCAUGACAGUGAGGGCGAUACUCCUCUGGACAUGGCUGUGUUCAGCAGCAGUCCUCUGCAGCAGGCCGAGUCCACCAGAGCUGAAACUCCAACCCUGGACCUGGUCAGCAGCUCCCAGUCGACGCCGCCUCCCAAGAAAAACAAGGUCAACGUUGCGACCCAGUGUGACCCUGAUGAGAUCAUCGUCCUGUCAGACUCAGAGUGACCUUUCACCUCUGGAUUCUCCCACAAGCACGCAUUUCCAAAGAGCACCCUUGUCUACUGGCUCGUGUGUGGAGGACAAAGCUGAAUGUUUUUCUGCUUACACUGCCCCUUCAAGUUCUGACGAAAUGUUCACAGCUGUGGAAAACCAGGAAGCUGUGAAGUUCAUAGCUUUGUUCACUUAAUUAAAAAAACACUGAAUGAUCACCGGACAGCUGCUUUAUAACGGACUUCUAUAAAAUAAUAACCUGACAGUUUUUGGAAAGCCAGCUCAAACAGGAAGCUGUUUCUGUUCUUGUCUUGCCUCUGCUGUGUGAAUCACAGAAUCCAGUUUGCAUUUAUCUCCAUGCAGGGAAACAGUCGGCUGACGUUGACCGCAGCCGUCAUUCAACUCUAUGGUGCAGUGAGACUCCACUGAGGCACAAUCUGUUAGCGCUUCUCACCUCCAGCUGGUAGAAGCACGAAAAUGAGUUUUUUGCCUAAAAUACUUUGUCCUUUUUCUUUUUGAACCCUGAACUCUCGUCGUGUGUUUUAGGUCAAAAUCAGUGCCUGACAGUUAGACCUGAGCAGUGGAGCACAGAGAGCUUUUGUUUCAUGGGAACUCGACUGGCGAAGGCUCCGUUAGCUCUGCCAGUCUGUUUACAUUUUAAUAUUUCAAUUUAGUUGGGUUUUUUCCCCCACAAAGGGCAGGGAAGGAAUAGCCUGAAACACAAUUUUGAGGUGACGAUGUUUUAUCUGCUGUUUUAUUUAUGAUGUUAUGAGUGAGUGAGCUGUGCGGUGCUUUGUUAGCGAGAUGUCUGGACUUCAGCAGCGAUAAUGGGAAAACAUUGAUGAUUUAAAAUGUUUCCUUUUAUGUUUCCUCUCCAAACUUUUCUUCUGUUUAAGAUGUAAGUUAAGUAGGUUAGUUUGUGUGGCUGCUGCAGCCUCAGCGAACCGUUUUCUGAGAGCUUUAGGUGCAGAUGUUUGAAGGAUAAGGCCAGCAGUAGUUUAGAUUUUUCUCCUUGACAACAAACCCAACGAAAAGACCAAAGCUGUCAAUGAACCAACAAGUGAUGCUUGAUCUUCUUCCUCGUGACCUUUGAAUUCUCCUAGCAGGUUGGACUAAUGGCAUUAAUUAGUUUGCAAUGAGCCGGUAGACCAAAAAGCUCACUGGAAUUCAGUCAUUUUCUCCCCAUCAGAUGUCUUCUGUUGAGGUCAGCUGUUGUCAGAGAACCAUUAAAAACAUCAGUGAGCCACGCUUUGGAGCUGACAAACAUGUUUCCUUCUGGUCUUGGACACACUGCAGCUACAAACUCCACGAAAUGCAAAUUAAUCUGCUUCUGAAAACAGUCACAAAACAAAUGUAAUGUUUGCUCUGUUCUGAGUAAUGUCUGCUAGAAACCACAGCAGCAGCUGUUGUCAGGAACAGUGGAAGUCCUCAUUGGGCUCAGGGCUGAAAACAGAGGAACACACAGGAAGUACAGACGAACAUUUUUUGGUUGUCAUUGAGAAUAAUACAGACCAGCUUUAUCUUUUAAAGCACGGACAUGUUUCCUCACAACAAGCAGCCAACGAAGUGAAGCUAAACAUCUCCUUCAACACGUCUGAAAAAGCGUUAACUCUGAUAAAUCCUACCUGCCCUUCUGCCCAGCCCAGAUAAAAACAUUAUCUGAAAAGUCCUGUGAUUUACAGAAUAAUAAAAGAAGCUAAUUCAGCUUCAUUCUGACACUAAUAUUUUUCGGUGUCGGUGCAGCUUUUCAAACAAUGUAGCCGUCAGAAUUCAAAAUUCUCCUUCCUUGUUAUAUUUAAGAUGAAGUUUUUCUUUAUUUCUGGUCAUAGUUUUAUUCCACGUCAGACAGCGUUGCACUGAAUAUCUCCAGCAUUCGAUGAUGAGGUGUUUUGUGGCUGGUUAGUACGGAGUCCUUCCUUAAAAUAGAAGUGUGUAACAGAGCACUGCAGUGGUGAUGGGUGUUUUCUAUCUGUUACCCUGAUUAAAAAAAAAAAUCUCAGUUUUCUGCUAUUCCUUUCUGAAUUCCAUUUUUUUUCUUAAAUUUUACCUCCCAGGUGAAAUGAUAUUUUGGGGUAAAAGCUCUUUUCAGAGUUGCUAAAACAAAGACUUGGAAUGUAGUCGUCUUCGCUACAAUCUAUUUUAUGCAGAGGAGUGAUCCAUCAUUCACUGUGAAUUAUUUUUGUUUUCUUUUUCAUUUUUGAUAUUGAAAUAAAAUAAAUACAUUUUGUUAAAUAAA